UUUUCAUAUUGGAGUUUGUUUGUUGAGAGCAGUGCAAGACUUAUGGGUGUUGCAACAAUGUGGAUUUUAAGUUAUUCUUUAGCAGUGCUUAUAGCCCUUGGUGCAAGUGAUGACAUUGCAACUGUUCUAGCAUAUAGCCCUGGAAGCAGUGGCAGCUAUACUGGGUAUAGUGCUGCAGUUAAAGGGGGCUAUGACAUCGGAAGCUACAGUUCUCCAGCUGGCUCUUCAGGCAUUUCCACUACAAGUGAAAAACCAAACUCCGAUUCCUCCACUGGAAGCCAACUUCAGGGAUCUGCUGUUGUAGCUGGAAGUGGUAGUCUUUAUGGUACUGUGGGAAAUGCAGUCAAUAUUGGUAUGUCUGGGUAUGAUGCGAGUCAAUCAACUGAUGUCCAAGGAUCUGAAGUCAUCAGUUCCUCUGUCUUGAUGCCACUGCAACAAGGUGGUUUCUUUGUUCCUAAGCCUGUGCUGUUCUCUUCUCAAGUGCAGACUGGCCCCCAGUCCAGCAGUCAGCAUAAAGUAAGUUCUGAAACCUUGGUGCAGUUGUCCCAGACCAGUGGCCAGCAACUACCACAACCUAGCUCCCACUCUGCAGUGCAUGCCAGUAGACUGCCCCAUAAGCCUCUGAGAGGAAAACCCCACAAGUCCGGGUCCAAUACUGUUUUUGGUUCCAGGCCAGUUCAAAGUCCAAUAUUAACUUCAAAGCCUCUUAAACCAAAUAAGGAGUUUGUAUCACACCCUAGCUUGCCAAUGAUGCUAUAUGGCAGCAUGCCAAGUAGCCUAGCUGUGGCUAACUAUGAACUUAGCCAGUCCAGUGGCCAGACUGUAAGUCAACCAAGCGGUGUGCAGCCUCCCCAUGUUGUUGACAUCUCUGUCCAGCCCAGUACUCUGCUUAUUCAACAGGAAGUUGAUGACUCUGUGGCCUCUGGUCAGCAGCUAGUUCAGACAAGCCAAUCUGUUUCCCAGUCAAAUGACCAGAAUCCAGUACAUGGUAGUUAUGUCUUGACUGCUCAGCCCAGUAGCCUGACUCCUCUCAAGCCCCACAAAGGUAGACCUCAGUUUGGGUCCAAGCCUCCAUCCAGUACUAGUCCUCUUCUUACACCAAGUUUGAGUUUUGUAGCGCAGUCCACAAGCCGAAUACCAGUACAAACCACCUACCAGUCUGUGCCCCAACCUGGUCUACAACUGCCAGUACAAGCCAUCUACCAAUCAGAGGCCCAAUCUGCUCUCCAAAUGCCAGGACAAACCAGCUACCUGUCUGUGCCCCAAAUUGUCCAACCAGCACAAAUCCACUACCAGUCUGCAAGCCAGGCCAGUGUGCCACAACCAGCACCACACAGCUCGCAGUGGGUGGCACAGCUAGGUCUCCAACAGCCAGCACAUGCCAGCUUAUUUGUAUCCCAACCAAUCAGCCAGCAAGCAGGACAAUCCACCUAUGAGUAUGUUGUUGAGCAGAGUAGGCAACCCCAUUUCAAGCCAGUGCAUUCCCAUGGGGUUCACCAAAUUGGCUCCAAACUUUAUUCAUGCCAAGAGUUACCUCUGCAUGGUUACCAGAGGAGGUUUCAGUCUCCAGCCUUAACUCUGCACACCAAGCCUGUUGUACAGUCUAGCGACCAGACCCCUAGGAAGCCUAAGCAUCCCAGACCCCUCACAUCUACACUGCAAUCCAUUUUAACACCAGCUCAAAUGCUUUCUAGCCAUCAGUCUCUAUCUCGGCCCGUCUACACCCCUCAAGCUUUGCUAGUGGAACCUAUGUACCAGCCCCUGGCACAAUCAAGCUCUGAGACGGUCUCUCUCGCUGAAUACCAGAUAUCCCCUGUUCCAGGACAGUUUGUUCCCCAGCCACAGAUACUGUCCAGUACUCAGUCUCUCACUCAGUCCGGCUCCUCAGGUGUGCCAUUGCAGUCCAGUUUCCAGCCUUUGUUACAAUCAAGUUAUGAGACUGUCUUACAACCUGGAUUUCAGCCCUCUUCAGUGCUUGUCCCAUCAAGUUCCCAAGCUUUGAGUGGUCCUGUUUCAAACCAUGGGUCUGCGUUUCAGUCAGUGCAACCUGAACUUACAAUUCCACUACAGGUGGAUUAUCAAUCUGUCACCGGUCAAAAUGCUCCUGGACCUGCUCCAAACAGCAAGCAUUCAUCCCAGAAGCUGUUUAGGUUGUUGCAACAAGUGAAGUCCUAGAUUCUGGUGUUUUGGUUGCGGAGUUAUGUUUGCUUACUAAUGUCAAUAAAAUAUGAUUGCAAUA